AUGGUCAAGGUCCUCCUCACAGGCGGCUCCGGCUUCAUCGGCGGCCACGUCCUCGAGCAGCUCAUCGAGCAAGGUCAUGAUGCUGUCGUGACGGUGCGCUCCGAGGACAAGGCGCAGAAGAUCCGCGACGACCACAAGGACCUGGCCGCGGGACGCCUGACGGUCGCCAUUGUGCCGGACAUUGCCCGCGAGGAUGCGUUUGACGAGGUCGUCAAGACGCCGGGGCUCGAGGCUGUGCUGCACACGGCGUCGCCAUUCCACUUUAACUUUACCGACCCGAAGAAGGACCUCGUCGACCCGGCCGUCAUCGGCACGACGGCCAUCCUCCAAGCCCUCCACCGCUCGGCCCCCGGCGUCAAGCGCGUCGUCAUCACGUCCUCGUUCGCCUCCAUCAUCGACGAGGCCCGCGUCACGGACCCGACCAAGAUCUUCACCGAGCGCGACUGGAACCCCGUCACCGAAGCCGACAUAACGCAGUCGAAAGCGACCGCCUACCGCGCCUCCAAGAAGCUCGCCGAGCGCGCGGCCUGGGACUUUGUCGCCGCCGCCGCGCCCGCCUUUGACCUCGUCACCAUCUGCCCGCCGCUCGUCCUCGGCCCCGUCGGCGCCCACCUCGCGAGCCUCGACGCCAUCAACACGUCCAACGAGCGCCUCGUCCAGCUGCUGCGCGGGGACUGGAAGACCCGCGUCGCCGACACGGGCGCCGCCGUGCUGUGGGUCGACGUCCGCGACUGCGCCGCCGCCCACCUGCGCGCGCUCGAGACCCCCGCCGCCGCCGGCCGCCGCCUCUUCACGACGGCCGGCUGGUUCUCCAACCGCGAGAUCGCGACGGUCGUGCGGGAGAACUUCCCCGAGCUCGCCGACAGGCUGCCCGGCCCCGACGUCGAGGGCGGCGAGUUCCCGCCCAAGGACAAGGUGUACGGCUACGACAACGCGGCGACGAACGAGGUUCUGGGCAUCCAGUGGAUCGGGCUCGAGAAGAGCAUCGUCGACUCGGUGAAGCAGCUGCAGAGCCUGCCUGUGUGGAAGACGCUGUAG